AUUCUCAUCCUCACUGGUGACGGUAGCUACUAUAGUCACCUUGCAUUCUUUCUCUUUCGCGACGGAUACUUCCUCUCGCCGGAGCGUCUGUCACCGGUCGCGCGGACUCAGAUUGCCUAAUUCUCCUACGCUGCCUAAUCUCCAAAAGGAAGAUGGCGAGACUGGUGAUUCGGAUACCGAUGGGAAGACAAGCCGCAACCAGAAGAAGCGCGAGUCAUACUUCAAUUUUUUCCGAAUAACAGCAAAUUUAUUUUCCCGCCCGCCAUAACUUUUCAUGAUUUGUAUGGAUUUGCAGAGUGGCGGCUCUCGGACAAGAAGUAUUUGAGGCUUUAACGUUAGUGAAGGUGCUUCUUAGAACUUAGAAAUUCAAUGAGACUCGGACCGAAUGUUCGAGAAGGAAAGCGUACGCAGUUCAAUUAUAUUGGGAAACUGCUGCGAGAAGUAGAACCUGAAUUAAUGGAUACUUUGAUUCAAGCUGCGAAUGUUGGUGAUCAGAUAACACUGCAGCACCCAGCUAGUUUGCAGCCGCAAAUCAUGGAAGAUGAGGAUGAUGAUGAGGAAUCCGAAAGUGAGGAUGAAGAUGAGGUAUCACAAGCUCACACCAAUAUUGCAAGUAGAUGGUUUGAUGGCUUGAUCAGUAAGGACAUAACAAUUACAAAUGAAGUUUAUUCGAUUAACAGCGUUGAUUUUGAUCGACAGGAACUACGCAAACUUGUACGUAGAGUACACUCGAUGAAAGACAAAAGACAAGGUGUUACAGAGGAAAAUGAUAGGGUGAAAAUAGAUGCAGAAAUAAUGGUUGCCGAGAAGUCCCUCACCCGUUUCCUUGGAGACAUUGCUAGGCAAUUACCAAAUGAAUAACAUCUGAUUACUUGUAACAUUGUCAUUCUUCUGUGCAAUAAGGUAAUAUUGUUGAUCUAGGCAUAUGAUUCAAGCGUAGCCAAUUAAAAGUUUAUUUAUAUAGUACUCAGAAUUUUGUAACUUCUUGCGAGUAUGCACUUCUUUGCGAGCCGGUGUUUGUUGCCCUUCAUCUUCAUCGGACUGUGAAAAUAUUAAUUAAAAUUAAUAAAAUAUGUAAAAAAUU